CCAGGACGCACCUCUCCUCCUCCUCCUCCUCUUCCUCCUCCUCCUCCUUCCUCCUGCUCUCCGGAGCAGUGCGCCGGCCGGAGCUCACUCUGCCGGGUACAGAGAGGGAUGAGGCCCCGGCAGGCAGCCCGGGAACAGCGAGGAGAUACAUGGAUGUAAUGGUUGUGGAGACCUCGCUGCUGGUUCUUCAGGGACCUGACGGAUCGUGAGCGCGUCAAACUGGGAACUGAGUCAAACUGGGAACUUUACGCAGCGCGGAGUUUUGCUGUGGAUGAGUUUUACGCGUCGAUGAUGGAUCAGUAUGUUUGAAUCAACUCCAAACGGACUCUGGAAUCUAAAGACUGCUCUUGUCUGUGGAACUUUCUGAGUCACCACGUAAACUUUUUCCUCCCGGAGAUGGAGCCGGAGGAGGGGAAGGUCUCCGUGUGGGUAUGCCGGGAGGAGAAGCUGGUCUCCGGCCUGACGAAGCGAACCACCUGCGCCGACGUGGUGAAGGUUCUGCUGGAGGACCAGAACCUGCAGCAGGGCACCUCGGCCGCGAUGCUGUCCGGGUCCCCGCAGUCCUACUGCGUGGUGGAGAAGUGGCGGGGCUUCGAGAGGGACCUUCCAACAAGGACCAAGGUCCUGCGGCUGUGGAGCGCCUGGGGAGACGAGCAGGAGAACGUCCGCUUCGUCCUGGUGAAGACCGACGCGUCGCUGCCCAACAACGGGCCCCGCAGCGCCGAGGCCCGGGUGGUCCAGAGCCGGGACAGCGGGGGUCCGGGCGCGGGGCUGAAGGGAACCGCCAAGAGCUGCUGGACCGCCGCGGCCGCCGCAGCCAACCUGUCCCAGGACAAGCAGCGGCGCAUCGUGCGCAAGGCGUUUCAGGAAGCUGGACAAGAUGAACAAAGAAGAAGGAGCAGACCGUGUGCAAGGACCAACUCCGUGGAGAAGAUGGAGACCCUGGUGCACAUGGUGAUCUCCCAGGACCACACCAUCCGGCAGCAGGUCCAGCGGAUCAAGGAGCUGGACCGGGAGAUCGAGCGCUACGAGACCGAAGUGCACUUCGACCGCAUCCAGAGACACGGGGUGAACUAUGUGCAGGACACAUACAUGGUGGACGCGGCGGCGGACCCCGCGGCCGCCGGGUCGGAGUGCCAGGACGCGCGCUGCACCGCGGAGGCGCUGGCGCAGUUCGAGGAGUACGCGCGCCGCUGCGAGGAGGUGGUGCGGCUGCAGGAGGAGCUGACGGAGCGGGAGGCGCUGGUGGAGUGCAUCACCGGGGAGAUCCAGGAGGAGCUGAACCGCCGCUGGAUGACGCGGCGGCGGGAGGAGAGAGGAGCCGAGGCCGCGCAGGACACGGAGGACACGAGCCUCGCCGCCUCCGCCGCUCCGGAGUCAGAUGCUGAGAGUCAGUCCGAGGACGAGGUGCUGCUGGAGGAGGAGAGGAUCAAAACGCAGCUGGACACGAGUCUGUACAUCGGCCUGAGGCUGAAGACAGACCUGGACUCCCUCCGGGGGGACUUGGACCUGAGUCUGGCACUCUGGGAGACCAAGGAGAGCGAGCUGCUGGAGCUGCUGGCCCGGGUGGAGGGCAUGGACAUGGAGCAGGUGGAGGGCUCGGUGGGUGGGGGUGCUGAGGAGCAGCCGGGGGCAGGGGGCGCUGACACUGAAGCUGCCCCCUCGGAGAAGGGCAGCGGCUGGGUGGAGCAGGCCCGAGGUCUGUCCAAGGCCUGCAGCACCAACGACGACGACUCGGACACGGGCCUGAGCUCCAUGCACAGCCAGGACUCCGACAACCCGCCGGUGUGCGAGUCGCUGGUGUAA